AGUACUGCGUCAUAACUGAAUACAACUUCACACGUGUGAUUGUCAACACGGUCAACACUUGUUUAUCAUGGCGUCCUUUAAAAAAACAAACGUUAAAGUUUUUACAAAAGCAGGACCUGAAUUAACGCCGGAUAAUAUUUACUGGAAGAAAUUUUCGGCUCCAGUAUUAGUGAAGGAAUUCGGUCCAAUUGAUUACAUUGAUUUUUCACCGGCUGAACCGUAUCAUUUUGCAGUGACAUGCUCGGUACGAGUACAAGUUUACAAUCCAAUAACAAAAUUGGUGACAAAAAAUCUCAGUCGAUUUAAGGAAUCAGCUUACGGUGGAUCAUUUCGUAAGGAUGGUAAAUUACUUUGCGCGGGUGGUGAGGAGGCUUCAAUUAAAUUAUUCGAUGUGAGUAGUCGAAGUCUUUUACGAUUAUUUGCCGGUCAUAAGGCGCCGGUACAUCGGACAUUCUUCACUGCCGAUGGAAUCCACAUUGUAUCAUUUUCCGAUGAUAAAACGACAGCACUAUGGGAUAUACCGAGUGAAAAACAAAUAUUGUCAUUUGACGAGCAUACGGAUUAUAUAAGAGCAGGUGCAGUGAGUCCUGUGUCUCCUGAUAUUUUUGCUUCUGGGAGUUACGAUCGUACUGUUAAUCUCUACGACACGAGGACGAAUAAAAAAAUAUUUACCGUCAAUCAUGAUUCACCGGUGGAAAGUGUUUUGUUUUUGCCAUCGGGCGGAAUUGUUCUCUCUGCUGGUGGAACAGAAAUAAAAGUAUGGGAUACACUCACGGGUGGGAAAUUAUUGGCGAGAAUGUCAAAUCAUCAUAAAACGAUAACUUGCCUAACGAUCGCUUCAGAUGGACACAAAAUUCUUUCCGGUUCUCUGGAUAGACACGUGAAAGUCUAUGACAUCGGAACUUAUAAAGCUGUCCACACUUUAGAUUAUCCAAAUUCAGUUCUUAGUUUAGGCAUCAGUAAAAAUGACGAGACAAUUGUGGCGGGAAUGGUGGAUGGUUUAAUAUCGAUAAGAAGACGAGAGGAUGAUCCAAAGGAUGUAAAGAAGAAACGUGAGAAAUCAUCGUUUCGAUAUUCAAUCGAUAAAUUACAUUCGCGAAGUUUGGAUGUAUUGGUUCGUGAGGAGAAUAAGCAAAUAAUGGGAAAAUAUGACGUGUGCUUGAGAAAAUUCCAAUACUCAAAAGCUCUUGACGAAGUCAUGAAACCAUACGUAAUGAAUAAACAACCACACGUGACGGUUGCACUACUUCUUGAGUUAAUGCGACGUCAAGGUUUGAAGCAGGCCCUCGCCGGAAGAGAAAACAAAUCGCUCGUUAAUAUUCUUAAAUUUUUAAUCAGACACAUAGGAAGUAUUAGAUUUGGACGAGUUAUUCUUCACGUUACCAAUGUACUCAUGGACAUCUACGAGGAUCAUUUAGAAGAACUAAGCUCAGAGCCAAGAACAAUGUUUAAUCUUCUCUCGAAAAAAUUGGAGGAGGAAGAGGAUUUAACAGUGACUUUAACUGAAUUACAAGGACCGUUGCAAAUGAUUUUAUCGGCUGCUGAAACAUUAACGACAACAACUUCAAUCGAUCCUCCAAAUUUAGAACCAUCGAGUGCCGCACAGAAGAAUCUUGUCCUAAGUAUAUCGUAAUUAGAUCUUUUUUUUCUAAAUUAAAAAUUAAAAAUCUGUACAUAUAGUUUUUAAAAUAAAAAAAAGAGAGAAAAACUUUA